GGUCGAGCGAAGAACACACGGAACGUGAACAGAACGUACAGAUCGAGCCGCGGGUGAAGCGCAAACGACCAACGGGAAAGUGUAGCCAAGUGAAAGUGUGAGUUCUAUUUAUAGAGCCCCAAGAUAGACAGACCUACAUAUACCGCACAUAAAAACUGUAUAUACAUAUAGUGUAUCGGCCGCACAUAUAUAGAGACACUGUAAAUAGAUAGAGCUGCCGUCAUUUGGCCAUAAAAGAAAAACGCACUUGGAACAGUAACGAGGAAUAGGGGAAGGGGAGAAGGAAGGAAAGGAGGAAGCGUGAGUUGCAUUCAAAAUGGCGGAUGUUCCGGAGCCCGUGCGUAAGUGCGCCAACCUGCUGAAGGGGACCCGCAGCGAUACGGAAAAGUUCGCGGCCCUGUUCAUGGUCACGAAGCUGGUGAAGGGCAAGGAUUGCAAUACGGAGGGCAAGAAACUGUUGUUUGAGGCAAUUGGCUUCCCUUUUCUGCGCAAGCUGCUCGUCUCGAAGGAUCUGCCCAACGACUGCCCACCACUGGUGUACAAGAGUGUGGCGCUCUCGAUCUUGACGUGCUUCUGCCAGGAGGAGGAGCUCGCCACGCACAAAGACAUCAUCGAUGCCAUCCCCACGCUGCUGGAAAUUGUCGAACAGGCCGACGACGAUGACUACGAGGACAAUCUGAUUGUGGUCAGCGAGGCCUACAGCUGCCUGAAGAGCAUUGCCAGCUAUGAGCCGGGCCAGCAGGCUCUCCUGGCCACCGGCGCCAUACCCAAGAUGUCGCAAAUCUAUUCGGCGCAGAGCUUCCAGACUGACGAGGCUCUGCACCUCAUCGUGCAGCUGGUGAAGAAGUUUGGUUCCACCUCGUGGCCGGAGGAUCCCACCGCCUUCCAUGCGCUCAUCCAGCGCAUUGCUCUGGACAUGGAAACGGAUCACACGGAGCGCAAGUACGAGCUCUGCCGCAUCCUGGCCGACAUACUGAUCACCUGCAGGCGUGAAAUUAUUGUCAACUCGCUCGAGGGUCAAAUCUGGCCGGAGAGUCUCUUCAAGGGCUGCGGCGACAUUUUGAAGGCCAAGAUUGGUCCCAAGCAGCGCGAUCCGGCCCUGCAUCUGAUAGCCACCACCCUGCAAGUGUUGGGCAUUCAAUGGGCCUUCAUGGACGACCAGAAGCAGUUCUUCCUCAUGCUGCUCCAGCUGGCGGCCAUUGAGGUGCGCAUGCAGAUGGACGAGAAGAAGCUGGAGACGACCUUCAAGCAGGCCGAUCUGCUCACCUGCUGCUUCGUCAUACUGGAGCAGUGCAUCGAGUACAUGGCGAGUGAUCAGCUGGAUAUGGAGCCCAAGGAGAAGCAGACGACGUAUACGGCGCUGAAGGGCGCCUUCAACCAGGUGAUGGCUGUGCUGACACGUGUUUCCAACGACAAGAUCAAGGACAAUGGCAGUCCACGGGACAAGGCCUUCAUCUUCGCCAUUGUGCGUAUUCUGUCCGCCUGGUUGGCUCAGGAGACAACGGCUAUGCGUCCGGCCAUCUACAAGCUUCUACCCUUUAUGCUCAAGAUCGGCAACGAGUCCUUCCACGAGCUGAAGGCCUGGCGAGCAGGUCCGCGCGAGGGUGAGGCGCCCGUCGAUGUACUGCGCAUAAUGCUGCCAGCACUCUGCCACUUCGCUGUCGAGGACGAGGCCCGACGCGUACUCUUCACCCACAAGCAGGACGAGGUGCUCGUCGAAUCGCUGGAGCUGUACUUCAGCAUUGCCCACUGGAAGCGGCCGCCCAUACCGCGUGCUGAGCGCCUGAAGCGCAUGAACGAGCCCGAUCCGAUACCCACUCCCCAGCAGCAGGAGGAAAUGAAGGAGGCACGUGCCGCCAUUGUCUCCCUUUGCAACAUACUGAUGAACUUCACAGUCCUGGAGCCCAAGAAAGCCGAAGACUCGCCCACCUUUGCCAAUCUGCUCAAGUUUGUGGUCGAGAAUCUGCCCGAGCUGAAGGACACACCCGACAAUCUCGUCAUUCACGGCAAUCUGGCAGUGCUGGGCCUUUUGCUACUCAAACAGCAGUCCAAGAAGGUCAAGCAGAACGACUUCUCCAUCUGCCGCUACAUACAGGCCACCAUUCGCUUCCUCUGGGAUGCCUACAACAUUGACGAAUCGAAUGACCCCACAGCGCUGGUUGUGUCCAUUGCCUACAAGGGUCACUGGUCGGAGAUAUCGGAGAACUGGUUCCUCGGCAUGCAGACCAUGUGUGGCGUACUGCCCCUGGUCCCUUGGCUAUCCGAGUUCGCUCUGGAAUCUGGCUGGGCCGAGGGCAUUAUCAAGACCCUGAAGAAGGUUAAGAUCGGCACACUGCAGGCGAAUGUGAAGUCCGCAUACGAGGACUUCCUCUCCCAGCUGGUGGACGUCAAUGCCGAGGUGGUGGCUGUGCUCAAGAAGGCUGAUGCCCUGCGCGUCUGUCGCAACCACAGGAUGAUGGAUCUGGGCAAGAAACUAUUCGGCGAUUAGGCGACUUAUUCGCUUUCUCCUUAUCUCACUCGCUCCAACGACCCUUGGACGAAGGGCCGACUUUUCUCGACUAUUUUUAUAUUCAUACAUGCUUACUAUAUACAUACAUACUACAUACAUACAUACAUAUAUAUUCAAACUUUGUUUCUUCGGUGUAUUUUUGUGAGCAUUUUUUAUAUAUGGCGGGUGUACUCGUA